AAUUGCAUAAACUAAAACCAUUUGAGAGAAAAUUUUCUUAGUUUUAAUAUGAAAAUGCAGAAAGCUUGGUUCUAUGAGGAGUAUGGUCCUAAGGAAGUCCUUAAGCUAGGGGACUUACCUAUUCCAUCUCCUCUGCAUAACCAACUAUUUGUCCAAGUUCGUGCUGCUGCUUUGAAUCCGAUUGAUUCAAAGAGGCGUCUGCGUCCUAUCUUUCCGUCUGAGUUUCCUGUGGUUCCGGGAUGCGACAUGGCUGGCGUGGUGAUAGGAAAAGGUGUUAAUGUCAAAAAAUUUGAUGUAGGUGAUGAAGUGUAUGGAAACAUACAAGAUUUCAAUAAGACUAAUGAAAAACCAAAGCAACUUGGAACAUUGGCACAGUUCAUUGUUGUGGAAGAGAACUUAGUUGCAAGAAAACCGAAAUGUCUUUCAUUUGAGGAAGCUGCAAGUUUGCCUUUGGCAGUUCAAACAGCAAUAGAAGGCUUCAAAACAGGAGAUUUCAAGAAGGGUGAGACAAUGUUUGUGGUUGGUGGAGCAGGCGGUGUUGGAACUUUGGUUCUUCAAUUGGCCAAACUUUUGUUUGGAGCUUCCUAUGUUGUGUCUUCAUGCAGCACACCUAAAGUGAAGUUUGUGAAACAGUUUGGUGCUGAUAAAGUGGUGGAUUAUACCAAGACUAAAUAUGAAAACAUUGAUGAGAAAUUUGAUUUUCUCUAUGAUACUGUUGGUGAUUGCAAGAAAUCUAUUGUUGUAGCAAAGGAUGAAGGAGCAGUAGUUGACAUAACAUGGCCUCCAUCACAUCCAAGAGCAGUUUAUUCAAGUUUGACCGUUUCUGGCGAAAUCUUGGAAAAGUUGAGGCCAUAUCUGGAAAGAGGAGAGUUAAAACCAGUGAUUGAUCCAAGAGGUGAAUAUAGUUUUGUGAAUGUGAUCGCGGCUUUUGGUUAUAUAGAAACUGGAAGAGCUUGGGGGAAAGUUGUUGUGUCAUGCUUCCCAUUGGAGGAUAUUCCUCAAUAUCAGUCUACCAUUUUGUCUGAGAUUGAUACCAAUAUACAACAAGUCAAUGGUUUGGCAAAAGAUCUUUGUCUCAAGUAGUUCAGAUGAUAUGUUGGCAUGUUGUGUGAAAUUUAUAAAUAAUGUAAUUUAUGUUUUGAGUUGUUAAAAAUAAUGUAAUUUGUGUUAUUGAAGUUUAUAUUUAAAUGUGUUGUUAAGUUUCAAUAUUAACUUUUAUCAAAAGGAUGUUUAAAGA